CUUCUAUUACAGGUGUCUAAUUGAAUUUCUUAGCAUUAUUUAUCCAAUGGCUAAGGGUUAACAGCUCCAGUUGAGGAAUUCAGUAUCUAACAUGGCGGAUUCUUCAGCUUUCGAUCCACAGCGCCUUCUCUCUCACAAAUUCCCCGAGCCGGAUUUCAAUUACACUGAGCGAGAUGCAGCCCUCUAUGCGUUGGAUAUCGGAGCAUGUGGACGGGACGCCACUGAUUCCGAUGAGCUUAAAUAUGCUUACCAUGAAAAGGGGCAGCAAUUUAUCCAAGUAUUGCCAACAUUUGCUGCUUUGAUUUCACUUGGGUCUUUGCCAAAUGGCUCCGAUGUGCCAGUGCCAGGUUUAGAAUUUGAUCCUCGUCUUCUGUUGCACGGACAACAAUACAUAGAAAUCAACAAGCCACUUCCUUCAAAAGCUAGCCUACGUAAUGAAGUAAGUCUUGCAGGAUUACAUGAUAAAGGUAAAGCUGCUAUUCUUGAGCUUGAAACCAGAAGUUAUGAGAAAGAGUCUGGUGAACUACUAUGCAUGAACCGGAUGACUGCCUGUCUUCGGGGUGCUGGUGGCUUCUCAAAUCCACCAUGUCCAUAUUCUUAUUCAAACUAUUCAGCCAACCAGUCUUCAGUUGUGAGAAUCUCCAAAAGUCAACCUUUUGCAGUGUUUGAAGAUUGCACCCAACCUGCUCAGGCAUUGCUAUAUAGGUUAUCUGGUGACUACAAUAGUCUACAUGCAGAUCCUAUGGUUGCAAAAGUUGCAGGGUUGGUGCCUUAUUUUGCUACAACACUGUUGCUAAACUUCCGUUUCAUUAAAGCAAAUAACUCUACCACUACUUCAACAUCAUCUCGUGGGAAGGCAUUAGAGGUCAACUAUCUAUUCUAUGCCUUAUGUCGUCAAAAAGUUGGUCUGAGGUUGAGGCAUCUCUCUUUAGUGCAAACUGCUUUAUUUCAAUAAUGCUACCCACUUUGUCCAAACUUUAGUCGUUAGGUAUGAAGAGACCUGAGCAGAAUGAAUAAUGACAAAGCAAUCCUAAGAACAGAGAAUUCAUCCUUUUCAUACUUUUGACAUGAAGCAUCAUUAUUUUUUAUGUAUGAAUGAGAGUUGUUUUUGGAGCUGUAAUGACUUCCAUGAUUCCUUAAGGUAUUUGCUCCUGUUGUGGUUUUGGCUGUAUUGGGUUUAGUUUCCCUUUUGUGGAUGACCACAGGCCCCUAUUUAACUUCUUGUUGGUGACAUUUUUCCUCAUUGUUGACAGAUUCUCAAGGCCAAUUUUGCAUGGGUUGUGCACUCUAGGGUAUGCAGUUAGGACCAUCAUCAAAUCUAUAUGCAAAGGAGAUCCAACUAUGGUGAAAGGUAUAUUUGGUCGAUUCCUUUUACACGUGUACCCUGGUGAAACCUUGGUUACUGAGAUGUGGCUUGAGGUACAAUUUCUUGUUGCCAUUAACAAAAUCCUGAGAUCAACAUGCAACUUUACCAGUUUUCCAUCCUAUUGAGUGGAUAUCUCAAAUUUGAUGUUAUAACCUGCAGGGUCAUAUAUCAGACUAGUGUUAAAGAAAGAAACCGUACGGUGCUGUCAGGCUAUGUUGACCUCCGUCGUCUUUGCUUCAUCUCUGUAGAUUAGCCCCAUGCAUCAAAUAUGAAUCUCAGUUUCUUGGUAAUAGGUGAUUCAGAUUCCUUUGUUUUCGACAUUGGAGAUGCCAACAAAAGGAUAACAAUCAAUAGAAGUUUCGAUGAUAGCAAGCAUAUACAUAUCUAAAGCAUUUGAUGUAUCAAAUUGGAUGAGUAGCACUAGGACAGAAGCCUACUGUACGUUUGUAUGCUCCAUUAAUUUAUGUAUAUGCUCACUAAUAAGCAAGGAUUGAGGAUUGGCAAUGGCAUGCAGUGUUAUGUAAAUCAAAAGGUAAAAUGGUAAUAUAGUCUUGUUUGGUUU